AUACAUACACACUAAUUCUAUACAUACCCCCAACCCUACAAUUUCUACCAUCAUAUAUAUCAUAAUUAUAAUUAUAUAAUAUAUAAUGGAUGAGGAGGAGGAGGCUAACCGGGCCCGGCAGAGCCAGAGGAUCAAAGGGUCCUGGAACCCCGAGGAAGACGCCGCCUUAAUUAAGCUGGUCCAGGAGCACGGUCCCCGCAAUUGGUCCCUCAUCAGCACCGCCAUUCCCGGCAGGUCCGGCAAGUCCUGCCGCCUCCGGUGGUGCAACCAGCUCAGCCCCGCCGUCCACCACCGUCCCUUCACUCCCGCCGAGGACGCCCUCAUAAUCCACGCUCACUCCCUCCACGGCAACCGCUGGGCCACCAUCGCCAGGCUCCUCCCCGGCCGGACCGACAACGCCAUUAAAAACCACUGGAAUUCCACCCUCCGCCGCAAGCGGCGUCUAACCACCGGGGCGGAGGAGGAGGAGGAGGAGUCGGAGGGGAAGCGGCGGUGCUCCCGUGUGUCGCCGGAGCAGGGUAGUUACGGUGCGGAUGAGUUUUUGGAAGAAGCGGAUCAGGGGGAGUUGGGCCUACAGGGCCGUGAUGGGCUUACUCUGACGCUUUUACCCCCCGGGACGGGAGAGGAGAAGAUAGAGUUACCCGCCCGUGACGGUGAUUAUUUGACGGUGAAGGAGAAGACGGCCCCGUCCGUCGAGAUUGGUGACACGUGUCUGGUCACGAUCAUGCACAGGAUUAUAGCGGAAGAGGUUCGGAGUUACUUUGACAAGUUGCGGGCUAAAGGUGGGCUUGAACCCAAGGCCCAAAAUGACUCUUAACAUCAUAAAUUAAAUUGUCUGAUUUUUUGUUUCUUAUUAAUCGUAGUAAAAUGAUAACAACUUAACAGAAGUGAUGGAUUGUUCCGUCUUAACAGGGAUGGUUAUGCUAUGUUUAAUAAUAAAAAAAUGUUUU